UAUUCCUAAGGAAGAUUUGGGCUAAGCCCAUAUAAGAAAGUAACUGGGCCGGCCCUUCUGUCAUUAUUACUAUUAUCUCUCCAACCCAAUGCGGCAAUGCCGGCCAAUGUUUAUUUUAAAGAACACGUCAGCCAAUGUGAUUCAACUCAAAAUAGCGAAACCGCCUAUCGUGCUCUACAAUUUUCCCACCACUUAAAUAGCCCGAAAUUUCAUUUCUCCCUCCACACUUCCCUCCAAACUAUUUUUCUCGUCUUAAGCAUUUCAAUUUUUUUUAAAGAAACACUUAAAUCCUAAUUUGCUUACAUCCUAACUCGGAAACCGUAAAUAAUCAAUCGGAUUUAACCGGUGUUAGGAGGAGUGCUUACGAGUCGAAACAUGCCGAUAGAGAUGCCGAGAGGGGUGCCGUUUUCGGUAGACACAUGGACAGCCGUGUCGAUGCAAAAACGACAUCAUUUUCUCACACACGCUCACAAAGAUCACUCUCAAGGAAUUUCUUCUUUUCAUUCUUAUCCAAUUUACUCUACGCACCUCACUAAGAUCCUCACCCUCCAUUAUUAUCCCCAGCUUCACGAUUCCUUGUUUGUCAACAUUGAGGUCGGAGACUCCGUUGUUAUUCGGGAUCCGGAGGCCGAUUUUACUGUCACCGCAUUCGAUGCCAAUCAUUGUCCUGGAGCUAUUAUGCUUUUAUUUGAAGGCACUUUUGGUACCAUAUUGCACACUGGAGAUUGCAGACUUGACCAAGAGUGUUUGCAGAGGUUACCUGAGAAGUAUUUAGGAACAAAAACUAAAAAUCCUAAAUGUUCGAUUGAUUAUAUCUUUUUAGACUGCACAUUCGGGAGAUUUUCAAAGAUGCCUAGCAGACAAUCUGCAAUCAGACAGCUCAUUAAUUGUGUGUGGAAGCACCCUGGCGCUCCAGUUGUGUAUUUGACCUGUAAUAUGCUGGGCCAGGAAGAGAUACUUGUGAAUGUAUCCCAAACAUUUGGCACAAAGAUUUUUGUUGACAAAGAAGAAAAUCCAGAAUGUUAUCAUCUUUUGAAGCUUACAGUUCCCGAUAUAUUGACAGAAGAUUCUUCUUCUCGUUUCCAUAUGUUUGAUGGAUUUCCUAACCUUUCAGAAAGAGCUGAAGCAAAGCUUGCCGACUCCCGAAAUAGAUCGCAACCAGAGCCACUUAUUAUACGUCCAUCGGCACAAUGGUAUGCAUGUGAGGACGUUCAUUUAAAGACUGAAAUAACAAGAAAAGUUAAACUCAGUGAAGCAGUGAGAGACCAGUCUGGUAUUUGGCAUGUCUGUUACUCAAUGCAUUCAUCCAGGGAAGAAUUAGAGUGGGCCCUCCAGCUUCUCAGACCUAAAUGGGUGGUCUCAACUACCCCCAGUUGUCGAGCUAUGGAAUUGACGUAUGUUAAAAAGCACUGCUUUAUUAGUGAAGUAGCUUCUGAUGACCCUCUCUGGAAGCUUCUAGACUUGAGUUUUGAGGUUCCUCAAAUUGCUGAGCAAGUAUCAGUGAAGAGUGCAAGCUGUUCAUCCAUCCUUGAAUUAGGUGCUGAACUUGAGCCUUGGUUGAUUGGUGUAUCAGCUGACCAACAAAAGCAUUUGCAUCUCUCUCCACCAAGCAAAAGACCUCAUGUCACCUUGUUUGGAAGAGCAAGGUUCGGUCUUCCAGACUCUGAAGUUUUCCAUGAACAGAAGGAAAGAGAAAUUAUAGAGAAUGACCCUCUGAAUAUAGACGAGCAAGUGGCGAUUGUUGGUAGUGCGAGUAAUGGACUCCAAUAUUCUUCCGAAUCUCAUGAAGAAAUGAGAACAGAUAUGAUGUAUGGAAAUCCAUCAUGUGAAGUUCAUGAUGAACAAUAUAAAUCACCAGAAAGAGAGUAUACUUUUAAGGAGACUCAUAUGAAGUCACCAGAAAACAAGAAUGUGGUUGAUAUAAUUAAAACAAACAAUUCAUCAGAGGUGAAAAUGACUCUGGCAGACGAAACAUCUUUUUCACCCGAUGGGUCCUCAAAGAGGUUCUGUGCAAAUCUGAGAAAGAUGUACAGGAAAAUGCAUGUGCCUGUGCCUCAGCCCCUUCCUUCCCUGGUAGAGUUAAUGAAAUCCAGAAAAAAUGCUAAGAGAAAGUUUACGUUCCAAUGAUCUCCGGGAAGUUGGAGGAUGGCAUGUACAUCUUUAUUCCCAGACCCUUCCUGUUGUGCCUUUUGCACUAGAUAUCCCCUGUCCUGGAGCCGUGUUCAAUAGAUACUACAUGCUUGUUUCAAAAGUGUUCAAUAGCCAAAACCUGUUGCACUUGCUGAUGAAGAUCCAGACACAAUGUGAUUAUUGCUGCACCUUGUGUAUAUCCCAUACAUCUCCCAAGACGUAAUAUGAUCAUUGCAUAUACGGAUGAAGAUCCUAGCCAAAGUAAUUAUUGUUGCUGCUUAUCAGCCUAUGUAUAUCUGCAAUUCUGGUAAAACAUACACCAUUUUUUCUUUCAUAAAACACAUGUGCAUUUUACACUUAUAAUUCAUGAAAGCAAAUUCAAAUAUUACAGAAUGAAUAAUUACAUGUUGACUGUUGCUAUUUCUUUAUGAACCUCUCGGGACUCGGGAGCCUCUAGGUUCAUUUUAGU